CAAAUUGCCCGUGUGAUUAAUCCUUUGAUAGGCAAAUAUUUGUGUAUUCAAAGUUCAAAAACAUGGAGGACAACAAUUUAUACGUAUUGAAAGAAGUCUUUCGAUCAAUCUUUGCGAUGUAGUUUAUUGCUUGUGAUUCCAAGGAAACAUGUGUGUUCGAGAUGGCUUUUAUGUCACUGUCGUUGGAUUUCUAAUCUUGACAUGUGUCGAAAGCUUGACGUCAACAGACCAAAAGACCGUUCACGAACAUGGCUCUUUGAAGAUUAAUGAUGACAGAGUUAAAAACGAAUGGAAACUAAGCUCAGAUCUAGACAAGACAUUUAAUACGUUCAAAAGAAAAGAUAAUAUUGGUAAAACGCAGAAGAAAACAAGCAAGACGGAAGAAAAACUUCACAAAGAUGAACGUGGACAUAUUAUAGGGCCUUCUAAAGGCGAUAUGCAACAGAAAAUUAGUGGAACACAAGAUUCGACGCCUGAGAAUACAAAAAGGCAAUAUAUCUUUGGCGCGCCAUCUUUGAUUUCAGCUGGUGCGAUUCCUCGUCGUUUUGUAGCGUUUCCCAACCCAGGCCUUCACACAGGCGCUUGUAGCCAUCAUGUUUGCUAUCAUGGCGGUGUUUGUGUGAGAACAAGUCAUGGAUUUUAUUGCGACUGUCCUGAGCAAUACCUUGGACAACAUUGUGAAUUCAAACGAGCUUGUCUUAAUAAUCCAUGUAAGAAUGCAGGGACCUGUACUGAGCUUGGUCAAGGAGACUUCACUUGCACCUGCGCAGUUGGAUCCAAGGGAAAAGCUUGUGAACUGAAAGAUUCGUGUGUUCCCAAUCCAUGCAAUAACGAGGCCGCCUGUACCGAAAUGGAUGAUGGAUACCAUUGCACUUGUAAAUUGGGAUAUAAAGGAGAUAGAUGUCAAAACAAAGCUUUUUGUUUCCCUAAUCCAUGCAAGAAUGGAGCGACGUGCAUCGAUAGAAAUGAUCGUCAAUUUGAAUGUUCCUGCGCUUUGGGAUUCAAAGGGGAACUCUGUGAAGUGUCCAGUGAAUGCAAGAAUGAUCCUUGUGUCAAUGGAGGAACGUGUAUAGAGAAGGCGGUUGGUUACAGAUGCGCAUGUCUGAAAGGAUUUGUAGGAAAGAAUUGCGAAGUCACCUUGUGCAACCCUAAUCCUUGUGCAAAUAAUGGGAAAUGUUCCGUUGCGGGAAAUCGUUAUAACUGCGCAUGUACAGGACAAUAUACUGGAGACCAUUGCGAAGUUCUCAAUCCCUGUCGCGCCAACCCUUGUCUGAAUGGGGGCCAGUGCGUCGUCAGUGAGUUGACCAGCGGUUACACGAAUGACGGCUUCUCUUGCAAAUGUCCAAAGGGUUACUAUGGCAACAUGUGUCAAAUGAAAUAUAUACAACAGAGAGAUAAAGUGGAAUCACUACCGAAGUAUUUUAAGUUAUCUUUUCAGUACUGGUCGUUGUCUGGCCUUUCCAUGGCGAAGACAAAUGUCAUAAUAUUGGCUAUUGUAAGCUGGUUUUUGCUGUCUGGAGUACAAGGGAAACUUGCUAAAACUAACGGGAAGUCUACAAAUGAACAUAAAACGAAAAUUGAACUGCAUAAUGGCCGUUUAAAAGGGCAGAAAUCGCUUAAAAGUACAUCGAAGAUUCCAGUUCAAGAUGGCGACUCGUUUGUACGACAGGUUUCUAGCGAGAAAAUAAAAAAUGCAACAAACGACGUAUUAAAGCGGACAAUGGCCGAACAAACGAGUCUUGCUUUAAACAACAUGGCUUCCGGGGUUUCAUUAAGGCGACCUUUGAAGGUACUUCAAUUGAAGACUGCUUCUCCAUCUGUGAGAUCUCGUUUGACCUCGCUUCGGUCGACAACCUUCAAGCCAAUUCACAUUUACGGCUCUGUGCCGUUUAAAACCUUCUUAAGCGCGCUAUCGAAAACAAACGGUCAAGAAAAUACAGCUCCAACGCCUGCACUUCAGUCUGAAGUACCUCAGGUUGCGGGCCAAAGUUCGCCGCAUUUACCAUUGGGCUCCCCUCUGUCACAGGAGAAAGCGUUGCAGAAUAGGCAGUUUCUAUCCCCCGGGGCAAUGCCAGUGCCGAUAGGUCCCCAAGGGGGUGCACCGAUGCUUCUCCAAGCGCCACUCGGUGGAUUUCAAGGAAUGCCAUUGGAGGGAGGUUUGCCAGUGGUACCUCAAGCAAAUCUGGCUGGAUAUUUUGGUUAUCCAGUGGGCUAUCACGAACACCAAACCACACAUCACCAUUUGCAUCGCAAAGUUUUCUCACGAGCAAAGUGUUUCCCAAAUCCCUGUCAGAACGGAGGCAGCUGCACAGCGUUUUCUUCGUCCUACGAAUGUUCUUGUCCCGCGGGAUUCAAGGGACACAGCUGUGAAGAAAGAAACCAAUGCGUUCCCAACCCGUGCAAGAAUGGUGGAAAUUGUUAUGAUGAUGGAGAUAACUAUAAAUGUACCUGUAUUCGAGGGUACACGGGAUACAACUGUGGAGAACUUAGCAAGUGUCUUCCUAAUCCUUGCAAGAAUGGCGCGACUUGUUUGGAAACGGGAGAAAGCUACCAUUGUGAAUGUCCAGAAAAUUUCAAUGGCGUUCACUGCGAAGUUCAUGAUUAUUGCGGACAAGAUAACCCAUGUUUAAAUGGGGGCCACUGCAAUAAUAAAGAGUCUGGGUAUGAAUGUAAUUGCAAACAUGGUUACAUGGGACACGAUUGUGCAGAGUUUGACGUCUGUAACGAGAAUCCCUGUGACAAUGGAGGGAUAUGUAAGAACAUUGAGGGUGGUCAGUUUCUAUGUAAGUGUGGUCAUGGAUAUCGUGGGAUGACCUGUGAAGAAAAGAUUCCACCAUGCGAUCUGGACCCUUGUCGAAAUGGUGGAACGUGCAGGGAAAUGGGCGAGAAAUAUCUUUGCCAUUGUCCAGAUAAUUGGAAGGGAAGAACCUGCGAAGCGAUAACCCGUGCAUAA